AUGGCAUCCGCACUCUAUGCCUAUACUCCCACAGAUGCCGGUGAUUUAGCUUUGCAGGCCAACGAUAGAAUUCAAGUUCUCGAGCACAUGAACAACGACUGGUGGCGUGGAAGGAAUGAGCGGACAAACCUCGAGGGAAUUUUCCCAAGAACAUACGUCACUAUUAUCGAUGAGAAGCCGGCAGUUCUCUCACCACAGCCAACAAACUAUGGAAACAUGCCACUCGAAGUUGCUGGUUCAAGUAGCCAAGGGGGAAAAAAGACGAGCAAAUUCGAAGAGAAUGGCAAGAAGUUCGGCAAGAAAAUGGGGAAUGCUGCUAUUUUCGGUGCCGGUGCUACGAUUGGCUCAAAUAUCGUCAACGGGAUCUUCUAG